GAUGUCAGGGACUCUAGCUCUGCCCCUACCACACAGCCUAUAUAAUCAAUAUAAAAUUUGACAGCAGCAUGCAGUGUGAGUGGCACAAGUACUGUAUAAUAAUUAAUGUUACAAUCCUUAAGAUUCUGGCUGUAGUGGCUAUAGGAACACCAUUUUAUCAAUCCAAGUCCCAGAAUUGUAUUCAGAAGGAUAUGUACACUGGUUUAUAAUCACUGCGAACUUUGUGGCAGAGGCAACAGUCCCAGGUAUGCCAGCCACUUUCUUACGACUCUUCCAAAAGGGACAUGCAGACCCUCCAAAGCUCGCCAGUGGGUCACAGUCAGAAUAAUCCGUUCCAGUGUCUGAGUGAAUAGAACUGACUUGACUUGACAUUGUCAUAAAUCACAGUAUACUAUCCUAAGACUUCCUAAAUAUGUUCAGUUUAUUAUGCGCUUCAAUCCCCUGCACAUGUCCAAGCCAAUCUUAUUUUAUGUUGUGUUUUCUUGGACACUGAGCUGCUGUGACCAAGUAAUUGUGGAUCAUUAAAGUCUGUCUAAGUCUAAAUAGUCAUAAAAUAAAUAGUCAUAGUCAAUUCUAAUUAAGUCUGACUGACCACUGAAGCAAAAUGCAUGUCAUUUACAAAACGUUACAUGUCUCAUUUAACCUGGGUUUCUUUUCUGUAACGUGCUCCACGAUACUGAAAGGCAAACACAGAACAGCAGACAGAGUGAGAGCUCUUGAGACGCGCCUAUCUCUGGCUGCAGCCACAGGUCGCUCACCUGUGUACUGCUCAGUGACGGAGCGCACGAGCCCGUAGCAGCGGGCGCGAGCGCUGCCAUUCCAUCGCAUUCCCUGGUGCGAAGGAACGAGGCUGGAGCGCUUCUCCAAAUAUUAACCGUUAAAACUCCGCCUACCACACCACCCUCCACACCAAACCUGACAUUCCUCUCGGGUCUUGGCUCCAAACGUAACCACCGACCGGAGCAGGGCUCGCCUGUAGGUCGGUGAAGUGCAGCUGUUAACGCCACGUCGACAAAAACAAACAAACGGAGCUUUAACUGUUGUUUCCACUUUUUCGUUUUUUUUUUUUUUUUUUUUUUUUCUCUCCGUCGCUCUGAAGCAGAGUUUUAAAGCCGCGCACCAUGCUGGACCCGUCCUCCAGCGAUGACACCGGCGGAGAGUCUGACCCAGGAGUUGUCCAGGAGCCUCCGAGGAAACCUGGAGGGCCAGGUUUGAAGGAGAAACCGAAGAGGGCCAGCCCGCAGCCGGGCACUAGACCUGGAGUGCCCCCUGCGAAAGGUGCCAUAAAAAGCGACGCUACAGGUGAAGAGGAGGAGAGGAAGGAGCACGAGCGGAUCCAGAAGGAGGAAGAGGAGGAGAGGAAACGCAAACUGCAGAUCUACGUGUUCGUCCUGCGGUGCAUAGCCUACCCGUUCAACGCCAAGCAGCCCACCGACAUGGCCCGGCGACAGCAGAAGGUGAACAAGCAGCAGCUGCAGGCAGUGAAAGAGCGUUUUCUGGCCUUCCUCAAUGGUGAAACCCAGAUUGUGGCAGAUGAGGCUUUCUGUAAUGCUGUGAGAAGCUACUAUGAGGGCUUCCUGAAGAGUGAGCGUGUUUCCCGGAUGGUUCACAGCGGCGGCUGCUCAGCCAAUGACUUCCGCGAGGUCUUCAAGAAGAAUAUAGAGCGACGUGUCCGCAGCCUUCCAGAGAUUGAUGGUCUAAGCAAAGAGACUGUGCUGAGCUCCUGGAUCGCUAAGUAUGAUGCCAUUUACAGGGGGGAUGAGGAUAUGCGGCGUCAGCCCCAGCGGGCACACCUGAGCGCCGUGUCAGAACUCAUUCUCAGUAAAGAGCAGUUGUACGAGAUGUUCCAGCAGAUCCUCGGCAUACGCAAGUUUGAGCACCAACUGCUGUACAAUGCUUGCCAGCUGGAUAACGUGGAUGAGCAGGCGGCUCAGAUCCGCAGAGAGCUGGAUGGCAGGUUACAGCUGGCCGAGAAGAUUGCCAGGGAACAGAGAUACCCAGAGUUUGUCUCUGCUGACAUGGAGGCCCUGUAUGUGGAGGAACUGCGUUCAGCAGUCAACCUGCUGAUGGCAAACUUGGAGAGUCUGCCAGUGUCCAAAGGAGGCCCAGACUUUAAACAGAAGCUCAAGCGCUCCUCUAUGAACAACUCCUUCCUGGACAUGGGAGACGAGGGUGACAUCCUGUCUAAAUCAGAUGUUGUGCUGUCCUUCACUUUGGAGAUUGUGAUCAUGGAGGUCCAGGGGCUGAAGUCCGUGGCUCCAAACCGUAUUGUUUACUGCACCAUGGAGGUUGAGGGAGGAGAAAAGCUGCAGACGGACCAAGCAGAGGCCUGCAGACCACAGUGGGGGACUCAGGGGGACUUCACCACGACCCACCCUCUGCCUUCAGUCAAAGUGAAGCUGUUCACAGAGAGCACUGCGGUCUUGGCUUUGGAAGACAAGGAGCUUGGCAGGGUUGUCUUAAACCCGACCACUAAUGGACCAAAGCAAGCAGAGUUCCAUCGUAUGGUUGUACCCAAGAACAGCCAGGACACAGAGCUGAAGAUCAAGCUGGCUGUCCGCAUGGACAAACCUCCCAACAUGAAGCAUUGCGGGUACCUGUAUGCUCAGGGACAACGAGUCUGGAAGCGGUGGAAAAGAAGAUAUUUUGUUCUUGUUCAGGUUAGCCAGUACACAUUUGCCAUGUGCAGCUACAGAGAAAAGAAGGCUGAGCCUCAAGAGCUGAUGCAGCUGGAGGGCUACACAGUGGACUACUGCGACCCUCAACCAGGUCUGCAAGGCGGUCGGGUGUUUUUUAACGCAGUGAAGGAAGGCGACUUGGUCAUGUUUGCCUGUGACGACGAGCAGGAUCGGAUGCUGUGGGUCCAGGCCAUGUACCGAGCCACAGGGCAGUCCUACAAACCCAUCCCUCCUCCACAGAACAAAACCUCAAACUGCAGAGGAGGAAACCAGAAAGCAGCAUCCCCCAUCAGUCUGGAUCCAACUCAACGUCAGGGAGUGGAGGAAUUAAUCUCUGCAGCUCCAUGUCGCUUUGACCAUGCCGCCCUGUUUACCAUUUUACAGAAAAGUACUCUGCAGCACCGAAUGAGCGACUCUUUCUCCUGCCUGGGGUGGUUCAGUCCCGGUCAGGUGUUCGUCCUGGAUGAGUACUGCGCUCGCUAUGGCGUUCGAGGCUGCCACCGCCACCUGAGCUACCUGAAGGAUUUGAUGGAUUAUGCAGAAAAAAAUGCUCUAGUCGACCCUACGCUGCUACACUACAGCUACGCCUUUUGUGCCUCCCACGUCCACGGAAACAGGCCUGAUGGAAUGGGGACGGUCACUGUGGAGGAGAAAGAACAGUUUGAGACCAUCAGAAGUCGCCUCAUAGCUCUGCUGGAGAACCAAAUCACACACUUCAGGUAUUGCUUUCCCUUUGGACGACCAGAUGGGGCCCUGAAGGCAACACUUUCUCUGCAAGAAAGGGUUUUGAUGAAAGACAUCACCACACCUGUUCCUCCAGAGGACAUGAAGAAACUGGUGCAGAAGUGUCUAGAAAAAGCAGCUAAAAUCAACUACAGUCAACUGAUGGAAUAUGCCCAGAUCAAGGUGGAAACUGAAGCAGCUCCAGAGAAAAGACUUGAGGACAUGAUGAGACUGGGGGAGCUAUGCAUCGAAGUCCUUCAGCAAAACGACGAACAUCAUUCUGAGGGAAGAGAGGCGUUCUCCUGGUGGCCCGAGCUGAUGGCUGAGCACGCUGAGACCUUCCUGUCUCUCUACAGGGCAGACAUGGACUCUGUUCUGCAGCAGCAGCCUGUUGACUCUUGGAACAGCUUCCCACUAUUUCAGCUCCUAAACAACUUCCUGCGAACUGACCCUCACCUUUGCAAUGGGAUCUUUCACAAGCACCUGCAGGACCUGUUUGUCCCUCUAGUGGUGCGGUACAUUGACCUCAUGGAGUCGUCCAUUGCCCAGUCCAUCCACCGUGGCUUCGAGCAGGAGACCUGGCAGUCCGUCAAGUCGUUAACUAACAAUCUAGCCAGCGUUCCUCUUCCCAAAGUCCCCAGCCUGCCCCUCACAUUGCCGCAGAUGCCCAACUUCUCAACGCCCGCCUGGAUGGGGCCACUGUGUGAAAACACCUUGCAAGGAAUAAAUCUACCUGACAUCUUCAAUGGCUCAGCCACAUCUGAAGAUUUGUUCUGGAAGCUAGAUGCUCUGCAGAUGUUCGUGCUCGACCUGCACUGGCCAGAGCCCGAGUUUGCCAAACAUCUGGAGCAAAGACUCAAACUGAUGGCCAGCGACAUGAUGGAGGCUUGUGUUAAGAGAACAAAAACAGCAUUUGAUGCCAAAAUACAGAAAGCAAGUAAGUCGACAGACUUCCGGGUGCCACUGUCAGUGUGCACCAUGUUCAACGUGCUGAUGGAUGCCAAAAAGCAGUGCUCCAAACUCUGCGUGCUGGACAGCGGUCAGGAGACUGACAAACAAUGGCAACAGUACCACUCUAAAAUCGAUGUUCUGAUUGACGAGGCGUUCAAAGAAAUGAUUUCCAGCCUUGUCUCAAAGUUUGCCUCUGUUUUAGACUGCGUCCUCUCCAAACUCUCAAGAUAUGAUGAAGGCACUUUCUUCUCUUCAAUCCUCUCUUUCACAGUGAAAGCAGCUGCCAAAUAUGUGGAAGUUCCUAAACCUGGGAUGGAUCUUGCUGACACUUACAUCACCUUCGUACGGCAGAACCAGGACAUCCUUCGAGAUCGUGUCAAUGAUGAGCUCUACAUUGAAAAGGUGUUUGAUCAAUGGUACACCGGCUCUAUGAAGGCAGUGUGUGUUUGGCUGACUGACCGACUGGACCUGCAGCUCCACAUGUACCAGCUGAAAACCCUCAUAAAGAUUGUAAAGAAGACCUACCGUGACUUUAGGCUGCAAGGUGUCCUGGAUGGCACACUGAACAACAAGAGCUACGAGACCAUCUACAACAGGCUGACGAUGGAGGAAGCCACAGUGGCAGUCAAAGCCGGCGACAGCCUUCAGGGCAUCAGCAUGAGAGACAGUGAUGAGGAGGAUGACUAAACACACACACACACACACACACACACACACACACACACACACACACACACACACACACACACAGCUACUUGAUUGGCAUCCUCUGGAGAUCAGGACCUUCCAUGGCAGUUAAGUAGUUAAUUCUCAGCAGAAACAGUUACACAUAUUUUGAUAAAGUUUUGCUGAAAAUGAAAACUAAAUUUUUGCUGCUUAAAUUCACCCCAAAUCAAAUAGAUGAGUCAUGCUAACAUUAAGGGCUGUCCUGCCUAAUCAUCAGAAUGGACAGGUUAUGUUCGUGUUUGAUAGCAAACUAAAUGUCGACCACUUCAAGACAUUCAAGACAUUGGAACUUAAGCAGAACUAAAUUCUGUUUAAUACUGUGACUGGAGACAGACCAAGAUCAGGACAGGUUAAAGUCAACUUAACUUGAAUAAAUCAACUGUGUGAAACAAUUCCUAUGAGUUUACAAAGUGGAAGCAAAUCAUGUUUUAAUGCAUUAAAAUCCAUUGCACUGAAGUCUUACUUCAGUAAGUCAUGAACACUCACUACAUCUCUAUGGUGCAUUCAAGGUUAGUUUAAUAGCUGGUAUCAUCUUGAAAGCUAAUGCUCAACAAAAGCUAGAAUGACACCUGUUGCCAACAUGUUACCAGUGAGUGAUGAUGAAUAAAUCUGCGAUACAGAAACUAUUUAUUUCAUUCUAUACGAUUCAGUCCCAUGAAGACAAACCCAAAUUACAUGAAGUAAUCUGCUUUCCAGCCACACUACUUUGCCAUUUAUCCUGAAGAAAUUCAGAAAUUCAAGAUUUAAAAUGUUGGUGUGACAGCCCUAUAAGAAGAUGGAAAUCAUUUCCAGCUUCUGUCUUUCUAAGUACAGCUGCUGUAAGAAAUACCAUGAAGGUCCUGAUCAGAUGUGGAGGAACACUCUCUUAGUGACACAUCCCUCUGCUACACAACCCGUAACACGCCCAUUGCCCAGACUCUAGUUAUAUAUACGUCCACAAACUUGAGUCAGAAUGUACAAUGAACAGUAAGUGGUGGUGAGGCGAGGCGUCUAAACCUGACCUGCAUGGUGCUCAGAUGAACCUCGCCUUUCUGUCUCACCUGCAGGACAGGAGGCCCCGCCCCCUCCACACGCAGCCAUACUGAUUGAUGUCACUUUGUACAGCAGAGCUCAGUGAUCCUUUCUCUUAUGUGUUCACCCACAGCUGUAGUUUAUCAUUCAGUGCUCUGAACCCCAGAGUCUGAGCUAUAUCACUUAUUCAUUAUCGUGACAGCAACAGCAGCAAAAUGAACUAAAUGAGCGUAUUUUUAUUUGAGAAAGGGUUUUGAAUUGACCGAUUUUUACUGUUGUAAUCAAAGUUUACGUCUCAACUGUCUGAAGUGUGGAUAUAAGUCGUAUCUUUAUAGAAACCCUGGGAUGCUGCAGUGCUCAUUCCAACCCACGGUGAUUCUCAUUACCAGUAAAGCGUCAGCACUGAUUAUUUGUUUAAACAAAUACGAGGACAUUUCGUGCUCCUAGCACACCAACAACUUUCGGCCGUGUGUAUAAUGACACAAGUGUGACAUUGUUACAACACCUCAGACCUUCCUGUAGUAGCAGUGGUGGAUAAUUGGAUUAACAAAGCAUGUGACUUUGGCUCUCUAGAUCCUUUACCACUUGAAGCAAAUGAUGACCAACAGUUCACGUUCUUCUAAACCAGCUCAUGAUGAAACAUAAACUGUACAAGUGGCUGAUCAGAAUGAUGGCGAUCAUUAUUCUAAUGAUGGUUUGGCUAUUGUUCUUCGCCCCUCACUGAAAAUCAUUCAAGAAGAAAGGGCAUGGGGUCAUUGAGUUGUGAGGAGCUGAUCCUCUGGAGGCCAUGAAAAUGAUGGACCUGCAUCUUGAACAUGUGUGAAGCAGAAUCACCGCUGCCUGGCCUAUUAAGUUUUAAAGCAGUUAUAGAGAUAAAACACAAGUAGCCAUUCCGUUUUUGUUGUCAUCAUAGGGGAUCUCUAUCAACACCGUAGGUCCAACCUGCACGUAGUCAUGUGUUUUUAGGGGGUAAUGCAGCUUUAGCUAUCAGCCACGUGACUUUUUUUCUACCAACACAAUUUGCGUCUAGUGCCAAAGUUUCUAUGAUUGAGUCUUUGUCUAGAUUUUGCUCAGUGUUCCGAAUCUUAAAGAUGUUCAUCACAGCGCACAAAAGUUUAUCCUGAAGUCCUAAGGCCUUCUAUUUGGAAUGAGAACACCUUAAAUGUCUGUAAUGGCUCCUUCUUUUCUUCUUCUGAAUUAGUUUAACCUGUGUAUUUGAUUCCAACCUGCCUGAUCACCUAAUUUAUCUAAAGACCUCUUUUACAUUACAUUUCAAAGUUGUUGUAACAUGAUGGUCAAAUGUGCAGAUUUCUUUGUGAAAAGAUAGAAAAUAUUAAUAAUAUCCACUUUUCAUUCACCUUUUACGAACAAAAGCACUGUUGGGGAAUACAAUUCGAGGCUUCCUUAUAAUUCAAGAAUCCUCCUUACACAUGAGCUUUCAGCUCUAAAGCCGGCCUUGUGACUUACCUUAAAGUGUGAUGUUCACAUCUUCAGACAAAGUCCAACUAAACUUCCAGCUGAUGACAUGUUGCUUUAGUUUCUGGAUCUGACCCUGCUGUAGUUCAACAUGUCCCCUCGGCUACUCAGCAGGUCACCUCAGGUGGUUAAGGAGCAAAAAGAACACAUUCCUAUGCUGCUUGUCCACUAUAAGAUGAAAUAGGUUCCACACACAGAGAGAGAGAGAGAGAGAAACACAAAUAUUCACUUUCACCACGUUUUAAACUUUGAGAUUGGGGAAUAACCGUUGAGAAACAUGACUACACACUUGCUGUCAUCUCUGUUCAUUGUGAUAUUUGCUGUUGUAAAGAAUAUUGAGCUGUAGAGUGAUAUGGUCCUACUUCCUGAUGUUCAUCAUAUCCGACAUUGAUCAAAGUCAUACAAAUGUGUCAACAAACUGGAAAAGCCUGGACUUUUUGGCAGGAUCUUGAGAGAAAAGUUGUUGUUGUUGUUUUUUUUAUCUGAUUAGUGUGUUUAGCCUGAUGAACAGUGAGCAGACGAAGCUUGGCAUCACUGCUGAUCAUUCACUCACUAGCAUCUCUUUAUGUGUCGUUAAGAAAAUAAAGACGUUUUACCUGUAAAUUUAAUGUAGGAUCCGACCGACUGUGUGCAACAGCCUGCCGUUUGUUUUAAGUGUCUGAUCCAGUUUGUGUCAGUGCGGUUCAAGGCCAAAAACCGAAGGACAAAAACCUAUAUGAAGAAGUAUAUUUAUAUUGUCUUACUGUGCACCUGUUUUGUUCAGGUGUCUUAAAUACGUGUCUCUAUUAAAAGUGUUUUUAAAGCA